AAAAAAUCCUAAAAUAAUCUAAUAAAAGAUUACUAAAAAAAAAAAAAAGUUAAGAAAAAACCGAAAAUGUUCAAAACCGUGUUUGCAUGUCCAUUUAUGCCCCCAAUAUCAUCUUCAACCUCUUAAACCAAAUUCCAAACCUCUUUUGGUCUAACCAUUAACAAAAAACAAUGGGUCGGCGAAAGAAAAUCCGAAAUCUCUUAGGAAUUCUGAAAGACAAAGCCUCCCUCAUCAAAGCCGCUAUUUCCAUCAACCGUCAACUCUCAUCCAUAAACGUCGCCGUUCUGCGUGCCACGACGCACAACCCGUCGUCACCUCCAUCGGAGAAUUGCAUCGCUGCAGUCCUCGCACUCGGCCAUUCAUCUCGAACCACCUCUUGCGCGUGCAUCGUAGCUCUUAUGGACCGCCUACACGCCACUCACAGCGCACCCGUGGCUCUCAAAUGCCUUUUCACUGCUCACAAUAUCGCCACGAAUGGCUCUUUCAUUCUCAAAGACCAGCUCUCCUUUUACCCAUCUUCCGGAGGCCAAAAUUUCCUCAACCUUUCCGACUUCCGCGACGAAUCGGACGCCGACACGUGGGAGCUCUCGUCCUGGGUCCGAUGGUACGCGGCCGUAGUGGAGCAAAACCUGAUCGUUUCUAGAUCUCUCGGUUAUUACUAUUCACCCAGAGGGAAAGAGUUCGAUAACAAUAAGCUAUCGCUGCUGUUGAGCUCGGAGUUGUUGGGGGAGAUCGAUGUUCUUGUUGAUCAUGUCGAGCGUACGUGCGACGCGCCGGAGAAUUUGAACCUCCAGAGAAACAAUUUGGUGUACGAGGUUGUUACUAUGGUGGGUGAAGAUUACAGGCUGGUCCAGCGCGAACUUUUUGUCCGGUUAAAGGAAAUCGAAGAUAGAAUGGAGAGCUUGAGUUCGAGUGAGUUGACUCGGCUGCUGAGUGCGUUGAAGAGAUUGGAAGAGUGCAGAGAGAAGUUGGUGGCUUUGUUUGUGAAUAGGAGAAAAAACGUUGUGUUUUGGGAUUUGAUAAGGCAGAUGACGACGAAGCUCGUGGAGAUGAAAGAGAAAAGAGAGCAGAAGAAGUUGGAGUGGAAGAAAUCGACGAACGAGUCGAAUCGGUUUUGGAACCCGUUCGUUGAGUCGGGACCCAUUGUAUCUGUUUCCGUUGGAAAUGUGAUGGCGCAUGGUUGGGCCUGAGCUGGGCUUUGUAACAAUGCGGUUAUCUAUGAUUUUUUUUUUUUUUUUUUUUAAGGAAUUUUAUAGGGCGAGGGGAAUUUUAUCCAGAUUUAAUAGAACUCCAAAAUUUAUAGGAUAGUUUCAAUUAGUCUGGCCAAAUAUUUUUGUGUGCGCAUAUUUGAUUAAUCUGUGAAUUUCCAAGAUUGUAAUUAUUAUUAAUGUAAAUUUUAUAAUUUUAUUUUUUGCCAUGAAAAAAAAUUUCUCCCGUCGGUAUCA